AAUUGCUCCCGCAGCAAACUGGAGCUCACCAGUUUUUACCUCUUUCUACUCCGUAGUUCUGCCCUUCAUAAUAACCUUAAGACUUUGCCGAGGACUUCCAACUUCCCUCCACUGGUGCUCUGCCCUCGAUCAAAUAUUUUUAAACCUUCACUUCCCGUCUUCUUACAAACAAGCUAUAAAUGAAUGAUGUAUUAAGAUUUCCCGGCUGCAUCCGACAACCUCUUAUCAGUUAGGAAUUCCAAUUCGCUUCUCUUGUUUUUAUUAUUAUUACUAUCAUCAUCAUCUUGGGUAGUUAUUCUCAUUCAUUCAUUGUAUGUUGAAUCUAGCUUGUUCUUGUUAGACCUAUGUUUUGACUCAGCUAUGAAUGCGACACUCUAUUAAUAAACUAACACCUUAUUUCACAGAACAUUACCAAAACCCAAAAGCAAUCAUGACGUCCAAUCCUGCACAUAGACAAACUAUGCUUCUAAGUAAAAGAAUAUCCACCUUCUUGCAGCAUAACAUAUCAUCACAUCUUCAUACACUAAUGCUGCUCACCCCGACUGGAAAACUUCUCAGUACCUCAUCAACUUCACCGGCCUCAAUACUACGUCACCAAGGUACACUCGCCCUAUCACUCUGGACACUCUACUCACCCUUUCCAUCGCAAACCGUAUCAGAUGCCCUCCCUUCAAAUGGCGCAUCUUCAAAUGAUCCUGACACCAAAUCCCGAGAAACGAAAAGUAUAUUAAUACAGAUGGAAUUCGGGGUAAUGGUAAUACGGAAGUUAGCUUGUGGGUUGUUAUUCGUGGCAAUAGGUCCAGCACCCGGAAUGUCAGGAACAGCAACGCCGCAGGUUCAGAGAGAGAAUUUAAUAUCAAUAUCACAACCGGGUUCACCAGAUGGAGGUCAUGAGAGGGAAAUUAUAAGAAGUGGAGAAGGAAGUGAGACGGCGAGUUUGAGGAGUGCCAGAGGAGGUGGAGUAGGUAUUACGGGAAUGAGGAGACAGGCAGAAGAAUUGGGAAGAUGGUUAGAAGGGGCAUUGGAUGGAUUGGUGUUGAGUACAGCGGAACGAUAAAUUGGGUUUCGAUAAAUUGGGAAGUUUUGAUGGAGAUGGGGGAAUUAUCGGGGCCGUUCGAAUCAUCAUAUCACGAUGCUGCGAAAAUUGGCAUUCGUAUCGCAAAACAGCUAUGGAAAGGUAUCGCAGAUUACGGCGGAGCGAUAAAUGUGGAAGUCUUAAUGGAGAUGAUGAGGAUGAUGGAUAUCUUUCUAAUAACAUCAACCUUAUUGCGACAAUCGUAUCGAGGAACGGCAACCGGAAGACAACCAUCGAAAAGACAUCCGGGAAAUCCUUCGGCAAUGCGCGGAAAGAAAACAAAUAACACUUAAGAGCAAUCAAUAAUUAACUGGAUAUGAUGGGACAGACAAACAGGACAGUAUGCAUAAAAUGGGGUUUGGGAAAUAUCAGCAUUUGGAUUGUACGGGUUGUUUAUAAAAGGGAAUGGUGCAAGGGGCUUGGAGUUAUGAUACCAAAGCACUUCAAUUCUGGUAUACUACCUUUUUAAUAUAUACCUA